AUGUCGGCCCCGCGCCUCGCGCCCGCGUUCCCCGGAGCGCGGCGACGGGUCGAGCGCGAAUGCGUUCGUGUCAAAAUUCACGAGAAAUCGGCGACGACGGCGUCGGAGGAUGGGAGAGAUGGACCGGGAGACGAGUGGACGCGGUGCGCGUCGCGGACCCGAGGCGGGGUCGACGUGUGGACGCGACCGGCGCCGCGGAGCGCCGGGGCGCGAGAGGGGGUGAAGGAGAUUUUGGCGGAGUGUACGUUCGAGGACGUCGAUCGCGGGGCGCUUUGGAGGGCGAUUUGUGAUUUGGAUCGGUACGACGAGUUCGUCCCGUACGUGCGCUCGGCGCGAGUGUUGGUGAAGCGCGGGACGAAGACGUGGAGCGCGGCCACGGUGCGGGCGCCGGUGGCGGGGGAUCGGGAUUACACUAUUGAGAUCGAGGAUUUAUCGGACGGCCGAGCGGGUGUGAACGCGGGGAGGUGGAAGACGACGAGAGAGCACGAGCCGCCGCUGCCGCCGGGACGGGCGCGCAUGCGGUGCAACUGCGGGAGCUGGGAACUGCGUGACGUCGAAUCGGGGAUCGGACGAGGCGUUCGCGUGCGGUACACUUUGAUUACGGAUCCGGGGAAGGGCAUGCCCACGUGGUUGCUGUCGCAGACGCCGAGGACGGUGCCCGACGUCUUGCGCGCGUUUCGAUCGCGAGCGCUCUCCGGAAAGAGCGAGCGCAGUGCGGCGGCGUCAUCGGCGUACGAGCGCCUAGGAAUCGUUCGAAAUCGCAUCAUUCUUCGAGUUCGAACGUUCGCGGAUGAGUCAAGAUCGUUCGUCAGUGACGUGGAAGGGUUGACUCGUCGGUUGUUAUCAUCAAAGCGUUGA